CGUAAACCUUGCUUGACUAUUUUCGAUGGGCCACCUUGUAUACAUGUUAUUGUUUAAUCUUAUUAAUGGAAGAUAAUUUUAUACAGAUAUGACGUAAGUCAAACAUAUAAUACAUUUUAAUACCAUUAAAGAAAAUUGAUUUUUUUAAUUCACUUAGCGAUCAUCUAAUUUAUGUCUAGGUAUAUGAAGUAGCUAUAUAACAAGUAGUGUUUUAAAUUGUCGUAUAAAUUUGCUACCUGCCAAACCAAACAAAAACGCGGCAAUACUGUUUAACUUUCUUUUAUGAAUAUAAUGGAAUCAAAUGUAUUUACUUGGUCACCUUUACCACAAAAAAGAAAAUUGGAUUUUACUCAAAAGAAAAAAAAUGUUAACAAAGCCAAAGAUUUCAAUGGCAACCCAUCUGAAUCGUAUUUUUCAAAUUGCGAGUUUGAAGUUUGGCUCAGAUCUUGCGAAAAAGAGAUCAAUGAGCCUCUAACUGGAGAUGUUAAAGGAAUAGUACCAAACUGGUUGAACGGUUGCUUAAUAAGAAAUGGUCCAGGAUCCAUAAAAGCUGGAGCAGAGGAAUUUCAGCACUUGUUUGAUAGUUCAGCUUUAUUACAUAGAUUUGGCAUAAAACAAGGAAAAAUUACAUACCAAUGCAAGUUUCUGCGUUCUGAAACAUACAAGAAAACUUGGGCAGCUAACAGAUUAGUUAUUACUGAAUUUGGAACAAGCGCAGUUCCAGAUCCAUGUCACACCAUCUUCCAAAAAGUUGCAUCUAUGUUUAAUUUAAAAUCAGACAUGUCUGAUAACGCUAUGAUAUCAGUUUACCCAUUUCAAGACGAAAUUUAUGCAUUUAAUGAAAUUCCUUUUAUCCAUAAAAUAAAUCCAAACACAUUAGAAACUUUAAACAGAAUUGAUAUAAGCGCCAAUAUUAAUAUUGUCAAUCAUACUUCUCAUCCCCAUGUAAUGGAAGAUGGUAGCGUAUAUAAUAUUGGUUUAUCUGUCAACCCAACUGGACCGUAUCAUAAUGUUGUACUGUUCCCAGCAGUUUCUUCUGGAUGCAAAAAAUCAAUGUUUGACAAUGCAAGAAUAGUUGCAUCAAUACCGGCUAGAUGGCCUUUCCAUCCGUCAUAUAUGCACACUUUUGGCAUUACAAAAAACUACUUCAUCAUAAUAGAACAACCGCUAAGUGUAUCUUUACCAGGCCUGCUGGCAACUAAAAUUCAAAACAAACCUUUAGCUGGGGCUUUCAGAUGGUACAAUAAUGAAUAUACUCAGAUUAAUUUGAUCUCUAGACAUAAUGGAGAGUUACAAUUUAAAUUUUAUGCCGAAACUUUCUUUUACCUGCACAUAAUAAAUCAAUAUGAAGACAAAGAUUAUGUAAUACUAGACAUAUGUGCAUACAGAGACCCUUCAAUGAUUGACUGUAUGUAUUAUGAAACAAUGAAGGACAUGCAUAACAAUCCAGAUUAUGCUAAGAUGUUUAGAGGGCGGCCUAUAAGGUUUGUAUUGCCUUUAAAUCCAAAGCCUGGAACUGGGGUUGGAGAAAAUUUAAUAAACUAUAAUAAUUCGUUGGCUAGUGCAUACUAUACAAAAAAUGAAGAUAUUCUAGUUAAGGCUGAAAAAUUAUGCGAUCUAGGAUGUGAAACGCCUAGAAUAAAUUACGAGAAAUAUUUAGGUAAAAGAUACCGAUAUUUUUAUGCUAUAAGUUCUGAUGUCGAUGCCGUGAAUCCUGGAACGUUAAUAAAAGUGGACGUUGAAGAAAAAAGUUGUAAAACCUGGCAAGAGCCCAACUGUUACCCUAGCGAACCAGUAUUUGUAGCUUGUCCUAAUAGCAAGCAUGAGGAUGAUGGAAUUAUAUUGUCAGCAAUGGUUUGGGGAGGUGAAGACACAAAUCAUGUAGGAUUGUUGAUUAUAAAUGCAAAGACUUUUAAAGAAAUAGGAAGAGCUGAAUUUAAGACACCCAGUCCGGUACCAAAAUGUCUUCAUGGAUGGUUUCUACCACAGUAAUAUAAUGAAAAUAUAAAAAAGUCUUCAGUAUAUGAAAAAAUAACUCGCUAAGUUAAUUUAUUAAUAUAUAUUUUCGUAUUUUACAUGCUUUUUCUAAUAAAUUAAUAAAAUGUAUAAUCAACAACAGAUGGAAGUGUAGUUAUUAAAAUAUAUUAACAUCUAAUAUUAUAAAUACUACAGAUAAUAAUAAAAUAAAAUGCUUAAACU